AGCAACUGAUUAUAAAUUCUGUGUGGUCCUUCUUCACCAUGGAGACGCCUUUGGAGAAAGCCCUAGCCACAUUGGUGUUAACUUUCCACAAGUACUCCGGCAGAGAAGGGAACAAAUUUACUCUCAGCAAGAGAGAAUUGAAGGAACUGGUGAAGAAUGAGCUGGCUUUGGGAGAGAAGAUGAAGGCCGGGGGAAUCAACCAGCUGAUGGAGACGCUGGACAAGAAUAAGGAUGAGGAGAUAGACUUCAAGGAGUACACAGGAUUCCUUUCUGCCCUCUGCAUGACCUACAAUGAUUUUUUCCAGCAGGAUGCAAAAUAAGGCCAGAUUCUUUUUUGUACCUUGAGAAUAAAGUUUUCUCUCCAGUU